AUGAUAUUAGACGCAUCCUUUGGUGGUUCAGUACUUUUUAAGACUGCUGAUGAAGCCAUUGCUGUGAUAGAAAAUAUGGCUUCCACUGAUUUGAGGAGCCAACAUGGGAGAAUUCCAGCACAGAAGAGAGGAGUGUAUGAACUGAGUGCCCAGGAUGCACUACUUGCUCAAAACAAGCUUCUUUCUCAACAAAUGGAGCUGUUAACUCAAAGCAUGGCUAAGUUACCUCAGCAGUUACAAGCACUGCAAGCUCAUUCACAACCACAUCAGCAAGUCAUGAGAUGUGAUUUCUGUGGAGAUGAUCAUCCUAACGGUCAUUGUCAAGUUCCUGGUAGUUCCCAAUCUGAAGAAGUCAACUAUAUGGGGAACCAAGGACGUCAAAAUUUCUUCAACAAUCCUUUUCCUAAUCCUGCAAAUCAAGGAUGGAGACAAGCACAGGGAGCUUCAGGUAGUAGAAAUCCUUAUCAACCUGGGCAACAGUAUGCAUCUCAAAAUGACCGAACAGCAAAAUUAGAAGAUGCUUUGCAGAUGCUUAUACAGCAAUCCAUCCAAAAUCAGAAAAACACUGACGCUUCAAUCAAAAAUUUAGAAGUGCAAGUAGGUCAGUUGGCCAAGCAAUUGGCAAAUCAACAGGGUGGUCAAUUCUCUGCUAAUACUCAAACAAAUCCAAAGGAAGAAUGCAAAGCUAUAACCACCAGAAGUGGGAAGGAAAUAAGAAUAUUUGAGGAAGAAACUCUUCAACAGAUUCCAACCUAUUCUCGCUUCAUGAAGGAUUUACUCACGAAGAAGAAAAAGUACAUUGAAGCAGAGACCAUUGAAGUACAAGGCAACUGUAGUGCUAUCAUCCAAAAGCUUCUCCCACCUAAAUUCAAAGAUCCGGGUAGUUUUACUAUUCCUUGCACUAUAGGGAAUCUAGCUAUUGGGAAAGCUCUGAUUGAUUUGGGAGCAAGCAUCAAUCUAAUGCCCCUCUCUAUGUUCAAAAAGAUUGGAGAGUUAGAUCUGAAACCUACAAGGAUGACUUUACAAUUAGCAGACAGAUCUAUUAAAUACCCUCAUGGGGUGGUGGAAGAUGUGCUUGUUAAAGUUGACAAAUUUGUCUUUCCAGUGGACUUUGUAAUAAUGGAGAUGGAGGAGGAUACUGAGGUUCCUCUCAUUCUGGGUAGACCAUUCAUGAAGACUGCAAGAGUUCUAAUUGAUGUAGAUAAUGGCAAACUCAAGGUGAGAGUACAGGAUGAAGAAGUGAAUUUCAAUGUUUUUGAAGCUAUGUCUCACCCCAAUGAUGAUGAAGCAUGUUUUCAAGUUGAUGUUCUGGAUGAGAAGAAAAAUUGA